AUGAAGACGUUCGUAUUAUUUGUACUUUUUCAAAUCAUAAUAUGUUUGGCGUAUUGUUAUGAUUCUACUGAGUAUUCGACUGGAAAUAAUGAAUGUAACGAUCCUAAUGCGGAAUUGAGAUACGAUAAUUCGAAUUGUACUGUAACAUGUAAUAAGAGAGCCCUAAGUGAUAAUCCUGACUCUUGCUUCGGACUCAUCGAACUAACCUUGUCAUGUUACUGCAAAAAUACAUUCGUCUUGGACGAAACAACCAACACUUGCGUUCAACCUGAGAAUUGUCCGUGCAACACUAGCAACAACGAAGUUUCACGAUACAGUAACAAUUGCGCCAACGGAUGUGCAACGUUCCAUACACUCAUCGACUGCUCAGGAGUGCUGCAUGGAGGCUGUUGGUGCAUGCCGACUUUUUGCACGGAUGCAAAUGGAAUUUGUAUUGAAAAAGAAUAA